AUGGCAACACUCUCCUCUCAAGUUAUUUCUGAUAACAAUAAUGUUGAGAAUGAAAUAGCGACUAUUCUACGACUGCACGAUUAUGACAAUAAACAAGACAUUGUUACUCACCUUCUCAUCAACGGUCGACAAGGUCUACUCGAUUACAAAGACGACAUCAUACCCAAAAUAUUCAAUACACAAUUCAAUACUCCCGACGCACAACUCAUUCUAGCUCUCAAAACCUAUGUGCGUCGACUGUGGCAAACUCAGUACGAGUCAUCCUGCCACUGGCUCAUCGCAUUCAUCCAAAACUACCACGACAACAAAGAUCCUCAACUCUACGAUCGCAUUCUUACUCGAACAGCUGAAUAUGGCAAGAGAUUCAUGAAGGACUGUCCGAUAUUAUCGAUCGUGUUGCAGUUCGUGUUGGAAUCGAUGGACGAGGAAUGCAUACUGAGCACGAACACGUUCGAUGAAGCGUGGGAAACAGUGACGAGCGAAGGAAUGAAGUCACUGGCAAAGUAUUCGAAGUAUGUGAAAGAGGAAGUGAUGAGUGAAGAGUUGGACAAGAAUCAGUCGACAUUGUUUCGUGCAUUGCGUGAGUACUAUCGUCCACGGUUAGGUUCAAUGUUGAGAGAUCAUGGGAUGAAUGGUGAAGAAGUAGAUGAGAAUAUGGCAUUGGACUUUCUUAGCGAAGAUGGUGUAGAGAAAGGAAUGGAGAAUAUUCGACAGUCGAUGGUAAAAUCAUCAUCAGAUGUUGUCGCAGAAAAAGAAGAUGUUGUACUAGUAAACACAGAUUCACCAGCAGAAAAAUUAUGGAAACUUGAGGUUCGAAGAAUAACGGUAGCGACGACAAUCAAAGUUUACGUUAAGAAAACGGGUGAACUUUUUGAUGUUCCCAUGUCUGUAGUAUCCACAGUGGAAGAUGUGAUCAAAUAUGUCUGCGAAAACAGUGUCUGCCAUGACACGAUGGAUUACAAUGAUUACUACCUUGUUUCACCGGAAGACGAUACAGUGCUGGAGAAUGAGCAAAAAGUCGAUGAAAUACUUGUUCAUUCGAGAGACACUCUUGAAUUCAAAUUAUGUAUGAAAGCAUCAAAAAGACAACAAAUAAUGAAUCUUGCAUUAAUGAAAUGCAAUGAACGCGUUAAGGCCAACACAGUUGCCGAUUCGAAGGACAAAGAAAUUACCGAGCCAGUUGAACCACAACAAAACAGAUUGAAUAUGGAUGCUGAUAAGACAGAAGAAGCUGUUGCAACCAAUGUAUCAGCGAAAUCAGACAUGUUUCGGUCAAAUUCGCCUCCUGAAAAUACAACAGACACACCGUCGAAUAUCUCCAGAUCUGUAUCUUUCACAGGUUCAAGUGCCAGCCUGUCGCAAAAACAAGAUUUAGCUUAUAGUUACUAUGAAUUACAAAAAAGAAUCCACGAUAUUACUGAAAGAUUGAUUCACGAUCCAACUUUACGUGAGAAAGCCUCAGAAAAGUUAAACGACAUCAAUAUUGUUGUCUGUGGUGCACCCCGCGUUGGAAAGAGUGCUCUCAUCAAUGCCAUAUGUCACCAGGAACUAGCUGGAACCCAUCCCGGUCUCCAUGCUUGUACAAAGACCAUGUCAUCCUACCAUUUAGCUGGCAGUAUAGAUAUUGGUGACGAACAAGCUAACUAUCAAUAUACCUUUUGGGAUACACCCGGA